AAACCUCAUUUUUCGUACGGUAUGAACAGAUAUUAACCGAUACUAACUGCGCAACCGCAGAAUGAUUGCUUGAGAACUUCCUUUUCCGGUUCGCAUUUCAUAGCAAAAUGGCCGACAUUGAAGCCAUUAAGAAGAAGAGAACCUUCAGGAAGUAUGCCUUCAGAGGUGUUGACCUCGAUCAACUGCUUGAUAUGACCAGUGAGCAGUUGACAGAAUUAUUCACAUGUCGUGUAAGACGUCGUUUCCAACGUGGAUUGAAAAGGAAGCCAUUGGCUCUUAUCAAAAGAUUGAGAAAGGCAAAGAAAGAGGCACCCCCACUUGAGAAACCAGAGGUCGUCAAAACACAUUUGAGAAACAUGGUCAUUGUUCCAGAAAUGAUCGGCAGCAUUGUAGGUGUCUACAAUGGAAAGACUUUUAAUCAGGUGGAAAUCAAGCCCGAGAUGAUUGGCCAUUAUUUGGGAGAGUUCAGCAUCACAUACAAACCUGUGAAGCACGGUCGACCUGGUAUUGGUGCCACUCACUCUUCAAGAUUUAUUCCACUGAAAUAGACUAUUUAUCUUGUAUGAGUGUGUAAAUAAAGAGAAAAACACA